CUCCAGCCUUCGCAGCCCUGCGCACUGCGCUCUCACAACCCACGUCGCCCUUGAUAUAUUAUUUCCUCUAUUCGCCAUCGGAAACUCCUUGCCUGGCGUCCAUGGAAGCAGCGUCGGCGCGCAUGGCCGCCAGAGAUCGGUAUGGCGGAUUUGCAGAGCCUCCUACGUCGCAGCUGCAGCGCUUCAUAUUAAACGCCUGCGAUCCCCAGAACUUUGAGCCCAACCUCGCGCUCAACCUCGAGAUCGCCGACUUGAUCAACGCGAAGAAGGGAAAUGCCCCUCGAGAAGCUGCCGUCUCAAUUGUACACUAUAUCAAUCACCGCAAUCCGAACGUCUCCCUCCUCGCGCUCAAUCUCCUCGAUAUAUGUGUCAAAAAUUGCGGAUAUCCUUUCCACCUCCAAAUAAGCACGAAGGAGUUUCUCAACGAGCUUGUCCGCAGAUUCCCAGAGCGCCCUCCGGUGCAUCCGACUCGUGUGCAGAAUCGCAUUCUGGAGCUGAUAGAGGAAUGGCGGCAGACGAUAUGUCAGACAUCGCGGCACAAGGAGGACCUGGGCUUCAUACGGGACAUGCACAGGCUGCUGAGUUACAAGGGCUAUAUGUUUCCCGAGAUACGGCAGGAGGAUGCGGCAGUGCUGAACCCAAGUGAUAACCUUCGGUCGGCCGAUGAGAUGGAAGAGGAAGAACGGGAGGCUCAAUCGGCGAAGCUCCAGGAACUGAUUCGUCGAGGCGGGCCACAAGACCUCCAAGAGGCCAAUAAGCUAAUGAAGGUUAUGGCUGGUUACGACACAAGAAAUAAGACUGAUUACCGGGCCAAGGCCGCAGAGGAGGUUAGCCGGAUCCAGCAGAAAGCUAAAAUACUCGAGGAAAUGCUACAAGGAUACAAGCCAGGAGACCAGAUCAAAGAAGGCGAUGUCUUCGAGGAACUCGCAAAUGCACUGGCGAGUGCCCAGCCAAAGAUUCAGAAGAUGUGCGAAGAGGAGUCUGACGACCACGAAGCAGUAGCAAAGCUAUUCGAAAUAAACGACAGUAUACAUCGAACGAUAGAAAGGUACAAACUUUUCAGGAAAGGCGAUAUUGAAGGCGCGAACAAGAUCCCCCAGGGUACACUUGGGAGGAGCGGUGCAGGGGUUUCGAAAGGAGCGGAUAAUACCUUGAAUCUGAUCGACUUCGGAGAACCAGACGAAGCUGCAGCUGCAGCACCAUCCAACUCAUCGGCUCCGCAACCGCAAGCGCCGAGGGGCAAUACCUUGGAGGAUGACCUUCUUGGAUUGUCAUUAGGCGGCGACACCUUCGGCCAGACUGGCGGCAUCUCGUUGGGUGGUUCUAACGGCUCGGUCCUUGGGUUAUCGGGCAUGUCAUCACCACAACCUCAGACCCAAAUUCAACAACCCUCCACUCCAAAACCGAACUUCGACCUCCUCGGAGGACUCACAAGCUCUGGCCCUCUUUCUCAAGUACCAUCUCCACCUCCAUCUGCUUUUCCUCAACCUCCUCCCUCACAGCCCGCUCGCUUCACGCCGGAUCCUUUUGCUGCACUUGCUUCUCCCACUCCCCGGCAAGCUUCCCCCUUCCAAUUUCAGCAAUCCAUCAAACCACAACCUUCUGGCAUGGGCGCUCCCCACCCUGCUCCCUCCUCUAAUCUAGCACAGGCCAGCUCUAUGACCGCGAAUGACGAUGACGAGUGGACUUUUGCAUCUGCGGUCCCUGACACAUCGAAGGAAAUCACGGUGAAUAACACUAGCAUAAACGUUGUGUUCCAUGUUUCUCGAGAAUCAGAGACUGUGCUCCUGAUCAACUCCCGAAUAUCAAAUAACACGUCAAUGCCCGUUACGGAUCUGACACUGCAGGUUGCUGUGUCAAAGGUCUACCAACUCAAACUAGAGCCCCAAUCGAGCAUCUUUCUUUCCCCAAACCAACAGAACGGUAUUACACAGACUAUCAAGCUACACGGCGUCCAGCGAGGUCAGGGUAGCAAUGUCAAGAUGAGGUGGAAAGCAGCAUAUUCGGUCGGGGGGGCGAGAAAAGAUGAGAUGGGCGAAAUUUCAAGUCUUGGAGUUUCAUAACACUGAAAGGGAUGUUUCUGGGUAUCUUCUUAAUGCAUUAUUAGCGGCACCUUGGCAUGACUAGAGUCGGGAUCUUCUGAGGGGCGAGGAGAAGGCGGGCGUGGAAUGAUGCUACGAUGGUAGGCUGCUUGAAAUGGAGAGGUACAUCGGUGUAGUUGGAUGGAAUAGAUAUUAUUGGGUCGCGAAACUUGCCUUUUCUCCCUGUUCCCCCUGUUCAAGUGUGGCCACGCCUACUUGGAUUCUGAC